AUGGGCGUGGUGGCUGGAGGUCAACGUGGUGGAGAUCAGUGUGGAGACCGAUGUGGAGAUCGAUUACGAAAGAGUACGUUCAAUAUAAAGGAGAGAGAAACUCUGAAGCGCACUGAGGAAGAAGAGGAUGCUUUAACCCGCAGUACAAAAAAGUUCAAAGAAAGUCAUGCAGAAACUGAGGAAAAUCAAGAGAACCCUUUUAAGAGUAAUACAAGUUACAAAGACAAACUCAUCGGAGAGAUCCCAGGGGCUUUUGUUCAGGCUUUUGGGCUGUCAAAUGACAUGGAUGAAGAUGUUCAAACAGAUUCAGAGGCUGGAGAUGGUACUGAAGGAAAUUUGGUGGUAUGCUUGUCUAGAGAAGAAAAAUCUCGUAUAAGGGCGGUUUGGAGAAAGGCUUUGAUCAUUAAGGCUUUUGGGAGAAAGGUAGGGUAUAAUUUUUUAUACCCCAAAAUCCGAAGCUUGUGGAAUCCAUGUGGAAAGAUGGAUUGUAUUGACCUGGGUUCAGAUUACUUUUUAAUCAAAUUUGAAUUGGAAGAUGAUGUAGACAGGGUACUCAAAGGAGGGCCAUGGUUUGUUGGACAGCAAUUUCUUACUAUUAGACAAUGGGAACCAGAAUUUCGUGCCUCAAAAGCUAUGUUUUCAUCUGUAGCAAUUUGGGUGUGUCUUCCUAAAUUGCCUAUUGAAUAUUAUGACCCUGCUGUUCUCCAGAGAAUCAGGCAAGCGAUAGGACUUGUGCUACGCAUUGACGCUCAUACAGCGAGUGGAAUUAGGGGACGUUUUGCUCGCAUAUGCGUACAAGUCAAUUUAGACAAACCAUUGGCAAAGUCUCUAACCAUUGGUAAGUGGACUCAAACUAUUUUAUAUGAAGGGAUUAACUCCCUCUGCUUCUCUUGUGGUAGGAUUGGACAUAGAAAGGAGGAAUGUCCAUAUACCAUUAAGGAUAUACAUAAGGAGACAACUCUAAGCCAAGAGGAACCCCCGGUACCGUAG